GUCGCGAGAGAGCGUGAAGCAAAUACACGGCUGUUGCCGAAGUCGAAAGAUUGUUACAGGUAGCUAGCUAGCUGGCUGAUUGUCAUUUUACAAUUCAGCUGUCUAUUAUAUUUCAUAUACAUAAUGGUUGUUAUUCUUUAUUGUAUUGUACUUUUAGUUCAUGUGUCAAAUUGAGCUUUCGGAUGUUAAAAUUACACGUUGGUGGGUGAUGCACCAACAAGCAGUUUGCUAGCUUAACGUUAGCUAACAACACAACAAGUCAUUUCAGGAUCCAAUGAUGAAUUACGUGGAAAAGCCUGAAGACAUUACGAAAGACGCAUGGAUGGACAAACUGAACAAUGUACAAAUACAGAGGGCUGACAUGAACCGGCUUAUUAUGAAUUACCUGGUGACAGAGGGGUUUAAAGAGGCAGCUGAGAAGUUCCGGAUGGAGUCUGGGAUCGAUCCCAGUGUGGACCUGGACUCACUGGAUGAGAGGAUAAAGAUCAGAGAGAUGAUCCUAAAGGGGCAAAUACAGGAGGCCAUCGCACUCAUCAACCACUUACACCCAGAACUUCUUGACACCAGGCGCUACCUGUACUUUCACCUGCAACAACAGCACUUGAUUGAGUUAAUCAGGCUGCGGGAGACGGAGUCUGCUUUGGAGUUUGCCCAGACACAGCUGGCAGAGCAGGGUGAGGAGAGCAGAGAGUGCUUGACAGAGAUGGAGAGGACGCUGGCUCUUCUUGCCUUCGAUACCCCAGAGGAGUCGCCCUUUGGAGACCUGCUUAACAUGAUGCAGCGACAGAAGGUGUGGAGUGAGGUGAACCAGGCUGUGUUGGACUAUGAGAACAGGGAGUCAACGCCCAAGCUGGCCAAGCUACUCAAGCUGCUGUUGUGGGCUCAGAACGAGCUGGACCAGAAGAAAGUCAAAUACCCCAAAAUGACAGACCUCAGCAAAGGCAUUAUCGAGGAUCCCAAGUGAAAUGACGAGCAGUGACAUGGACUACCAUACUUUCUCCUAUUUAUAAUCCGUGAAAGACUGGAUGAUAAAGGAAAAAUAACAUGUAUAUAAAUGCUUUUUUUCAUGUUGCAUACAUGAGAGGACUUAAUUGAGUGUGCAAAUGCUAUAUGGCUGUAAAAAAAUAAAUGUAAACACGAUUUAAACAUUUCAACGAAA